AUGACUGUCACAACAUUCCAGCCCCACGCCAUGGCCGAGACCACUAAGCGUCUGCUUGCGCAACUCGCCAACGAAGGGCUGGUGAACAUUCACUUACUGCCACCACCUCCUCAAUCUCAGAAAUGGUCAUGUUUUUUGACUGCAGAAGGCAGCAACUCGACACGACGAGCAAAAGUGGACCUAUUCUCUUUCUCGCCUCCCCUUAGUUCUCAUCACUGGCGGCCGAAUGAUUUCAAACUCCCCGUCGUCUUCGACGGUUUAGACCAUGAAGUUCAAGAAAAUGAUCCUGGAGCUGUGUUUGAAUUCUUCGCGCCAGGGUUUGCAUGUGAUGAGCCAACGAAGGAUGCGAUUACUCGUGAACUACGCAAUUGCGUAUCCAUGUCAAAGGCAGAGCACGUCAAGUCUGUCCCCGGUGCGGCAAAGGCGCACGCUGCUAUCCGAACAGUCUCCAUCACUGGUUAUGAAUUUGACGUGAAAUUCUCUCUUGCAUGCCAGAUUACCUCGGCGCUACGAGUCCUACCGUGUUGGUCUGCAGCUGCAGCACCGGGUACAACUGCGUUGAUGCAGGAGAUUCUUCCAGAGGACCUAUGGCUGUUCGGAGAGGUUGCUGCUGUGACUGGAAGUCAGGAAGACAAAAGUGAAGCUCGCCACUUGACAUGUAUUCUCAGGGAGAACCUAGUCCCAAAGGCACAAGAAAAUGACGAGGCACUCAUCCUGGUCUCGGCACUGAUGGAAAAGCCAUUAGGUAGUCAACAGACGUACGCAGAAAUCUUGUUUGACCUGAAAACGAUGACUGAAAAGAAGAAAUGGUUCAGGCGCUAUAUCAAAUGCCUUCUGCGCCUUGGGUUGGAUCCAUUACUACGUCACAGUGUCGGAUGCGAGCUUCAUGCCCAGAAUACCGUCGCUCGCAUUUGUCGCAAGUCGAAGGCAAUCAAGGGGUUCGCAAUCCGAGACUUAGCCGGAGUGAAAAUGCAUGGGCCGACGCUAAAAAAUCAGGGCUUUGAUGUAGAUGCUGGACUAUGCACGGAUGAUCUCAACCAAGUGUGGAACAGGGUUCAUCAUGCACUUCUACAAAACAACAUUGGCUACAUGCUAUAUGCGCUCGGCCUGGAAGGUGCAGAAGAUGGAUGGGCUAUUGUGCGGUCUACACUCUCCGAGGUUCUCGAGACGGACGCAGGUCCCGUCGGAAAGGAGAUGUAUCGCUACUUUACCAAAGAGACGAUGCCUUUUAAAAGUUUCUUGGGAAUGAGGAUGGGUGCCUCAUUCAGAAAUUCAAUGGUGAUCGUUGAGAAAGAGAUACCUAGUGUUCUCGCCAAAAGGUCGCCGUGGCUGCUUCAAAUAUCAUUGAGUGGCACGCAGGAUCCGCAACACCCCGUUCUGCCAGGGCAGGUUCACCCAGCAAUUCGCAUUCGUGAAAACAAGGAACUGCAGGAGAGAUUGGCAGAUUAUGUUCGUCCGUAUGGUGCACUUCCAGGAGCUACGAAAAGACUUAAUCCCCACCCAGCACUCUUGCCAUGGCAGUUUGUAAAAGAGUUGGAGACCUUCAACGAAGCACUCGUCACAGCUCUGAAUAGCAUUAUCGAAAGGUGGUGGACGGACAAGGAGGCUGACUUCCCCAGCCGAAUGCCACUAGAAACUCAUGUCGAGGAGCUCUUGCAGUGGGUAGAUAAGGCGACUACAGAUGGUAUCAUACCAUGCUUCCAAGACCACCAAGGCAAUCUUCGACCAGAUAUCUUACUCCCAGUGACGAAUCGGACAAUCCCCGAAUUUCGCGUCUGUGAAAUCAACGGCCGGUUUCCGAUCAGUUUCCUCCACUACGUCGCAACGGCCUAUGAGGCACUAGCCGGCAGCACAUGGGAUACUCCCUUGAUCGAACCAGCCACUAAAUACAAUGCACUUCAAGAGAGCCUUUUUGAUUUGUUCGAUUCGAAUGGCCCCAUUCACUUUGUCAAGGGAAGUCAAACCUUCCCGUCCGAUAGCCCUCUAUUCGGUCAUAUCGAAGAGCGAACCGGAGCAAGGCCGAGAACUGUCAGGCCUAGUGAUCUUCGUCUGGUGCCUUGUGCAACUAGUAAAACCGGGUUUACCUUGUGCUGCGUCUGGGGUGCAGAUCCCACGGUCAAAACUCCCCCUCAAUCUCUGCUGGAAGUAUGUGGUGAGAUAUUGGAACCAGUGCACAUGGUGGGUCUGCAGCUUUACGACUUCGAACUCUUCUCUCUAUCCCCCGAAAUGGUGCGACACAUUGCCGCGUGCUGCAGAAAUGACCCCCGGAGCGUGUUCCUCGCCCACGAUAAACGCAUCUUGGGCAUCAUCCUCCAGGAGCUAGACAGCCUCGUGGAUACACAACGGGUGUUGUCUCCUGCACAAGCACAGACUCUACGUGAGCAUAUAAUCCCUACCAUCCUCCCCGGCACAGCUGAGUUCAGAAACCUCCUCUGUCGCACCCACACCAACCCCGAGAUAAAAGACCAGUAUAUAAUCAAACCUGCCCGGGAUGCUCGCGGAACUGGGAUCCUGCUAGGGAGAAACCUUUCCACCGAGAAAUGGCAGUCGAUCUUAACCUCCAUGGAUAGCGAAGACAUUCAUUCGUUGGCGACCCAAUAUAUGCUACAGCCAAUGCUGAGUUUACGGUCGUUCGAAUGGUUCUGGGACGAAGAGCGCCAAACCCGCAACAGUCGCUGCGUAGGCACAUAUUAUUCUGUGAAUGGACGUUUUAUAGGAUUGGGGAUGUGGAGAACAGGGGAUGUCUCGGAGGAUGUGAUUUCUGCUUCUACAAAGGACGCGACGUCUGUUUUAUCCGUAGUUGCUCUUGAUAGUUAA